CAAUAUAUCAUUCAAAAAAUAAAUCAGAGAAUGUCCAUAAAAAUAAAUAAAUAAAUAAAUCACAGAAUGGAAUGCUUUCUCCUAUGUGUCUCCUUCUCCUAAAUAACCCAACUUUGAAAUUGAAACUAAAAAUUACAGUACACCUCAACUUCCUCCUCGUUCUCCCGCAAAAAUCAAUUAAGCCGGCGAUCAAUUCACCGCGGUUUCACUACAAUACUGAAACUAUAACCGGAGCCCAACAAAUAAUUGUGUGGCCAUAACACAUCUCUCUUUUUUCCGCCACAUUCAUUUUCUCAAUCUUUUUUUAGAAGAGAAUCCCAUUAUGCAUUUAGUAGAUUUUUACAAACUCUUCUUUUUUUUUUUUUUUUGGCACCAAUGCUUAUUGUGUUGUUGCAAAGAACUCCAAAGUACUUCCAAGCUUGGAUCUUCACUUUGGUCAACUUGCAAAACCCUGAGGUUAGUCCUCAGGGUAGACACUUCGAUGUCUAAGUUAGCAGUAAUUAGAGUUACCAAAUAUGAAGCAAGAGUUAAACUUGGGGUUGGUUUUAAUUACCUUUUGGGAAGGAUCCUUGGGGAGUAUUUAUAGCCUUCAAAGAGGUGUUCACAUGUUCAUCUUUGCGAAAAAUCGAGGUCAUAUGUGUCAAUCAUCACAAGUAUCUCUCGUAAGAAAUCUGUGUAUGUGCAAAGUUACUGUAGAGUGAGAGCAAAAGGGACCAGCUCGAACUCAAUUGAGCUCAGCUCAUCACGCCUCAUACAAUGUCCGAGGUGAUUAGGUUAUUAGGCAUGGCUUAGAUCGUCCAAGGUCCGAGGUCACGGACCUCGGACUACCAUCACUACAUAUUGGGCUAAGCUUCUUGGAUGCAAAGCAGAAUUCAACUGGAAGAUAUAUUCACUG